UGAGAAUUUUAAUGUGCCAAAUAAUCAAAAGUUACACAACGGUCCACGAAGAGUGGUUGUGUUUCAAAAUUUGAAAAGAAAAAAAAAUUUUUUUAAUGAAAAUAACUUAGAAAAUGAGAAAGAUUGAAUAUAUGAAAUGCUUAUCAUAAUCAUGAACUUUAUCAGUAUGCAAACAUUGUGUACAAAGUACAAAAGUCAUAUUCGAAUGACUAUUUAACAUUAUCUCGUGAUUGAAGAAAGAUUUACAGAUUUAUCCAGUUUCAUUUCCAUCAUGUCCAGCAAGCAAGCAAAUAUUCUGCAUGGAAAAGGAGAAUAUCCAGAACUUGAUUUAUCAGUGGGACAAUUAUUGUUACAACAACUGACUACACAUGGCACUAAUGUGGCACAAAUAAAUGCUCAUACUGACAAGGAACAAACGUUUGAAUUUAUUUUAAAUACCAGUCGUAAAUUGGCAAUUUAUCUUCAAAGAAAAGGGUUAAAAUCAAAUGAUGCUAUAGCUAUAUGUAGUGAGAAUAAUCUGGAAUUUUGUAUUCCAACAUGUGCUGCAUUUUACCUUGGAGCUACUGUCUGUCCGUUAAAUCCAGUAUAUACUCAAAGAGAAUUGAAACAUGCACUUAUCAUUUCAAAACCAAAAUAUAUUUUUAUUUCUAUAGUAAUACUUCAUCACAUGAUAAAUAUAUUGAAAGAACUGUAUUGGUCACCAAAAGUGUUGAUUUUAACUGAAUGUGAUAAUAUUAAUAUAGUAUGGACAAAUAUGUACCAAGCAAUAUCAAGUGUCUCUGAUGAUGACAUGAAUAUGUUUCAAGCUAUUCCUGUCGAUGUAAAAAAUCAUGUAGCAGUAAUAUUAUGCUCUAGUGGAACCACAGGUCUACCAAAAGGUGUUAUGUUGACAGACAAGAAUAUCACUGCAGUCUUUUGUAUAAUGAUGAUAAGUGCUUCAGUGCCUGAAACAUCUAUAUUUCUGGCAGUGCUUCCAUUUUUCCAUUCUUAUUCCUUCUUUUUUAUGCUGGGUAGGCUGCUAAAAGGAAACAAAUCUAUCGUGUUUUCACGCUUUGAUGAAGAAUUAUUUUUACAAUGUAUAGAAAGAUAUAAAAUUGAAUAUUUAGCAGUGGUACCAUCACUUAUGGUAUUCUUGGCUAAGCAUCCACUUGUGAACAAAUAUGAUUUAUCUUGUAUUAAAACAAUAUUGUGUGGAGCAGCUCCAUUGCCCAAAAAGAUUCAAAAAGCUGUUGCAAAACGAUUAAAUAUUUCUGAUAUUAAACAAGGUUAUGGAUUAACAGAAACUACUUUAGGUGUAUUACGAUCCGGAGAUGAAGCAAAACUUGGUAGUGUUGGUGUAUUAGUUCCAGGCAUGUCAGCAAAAGUAAUACCGCUCGGAAAAUUUGAGACGGAUGAAACUUUGGGGCCAAAUUGCGAAGGGGAGCUAUGCUUUAAGGGCGAUUUAAUAAUGAAAGGUUAUUGUAACGAUGAAAAAUCCACAAGAGCGACGAUUGAUAAGAACGGUUGGUUGCACACGGGAGAUGUAGGAUACUAUGAUGAGGAAGAACAUUUUUAUAUUGUCGAUCGGAUAAAAGAGCUUAUCAAAUAUAAAGGCUACCAGGUACCACCAGCUGAGCUCGAAGCAAUUUUAUUGUCUCAUCCAGGCGUAAAAGAUGCGGCCGUAAUUGGAAUUACAAAUGAAGAAGCUGGAGAGUUACCAAUGGCCUUCGUUGUGAAGCAGGAUAAUUCAAAUAUAUGCGAGAAGGAUAUAAUCCAAUAUGUUAAUGAACGUGUAUCAAACCAAAAACAACUCAGGGGCGGAGUAAGAUUUAUCGAUAGCAUUCCAAAAACUCUAUCUGGUAAAAUACUACGUCGAGUAUUGCGUGAAACAUUAAAAUCAAAGCUAUAAGCUUGCUAUAGUAACGUUAAUGUAAGUUUUACAAUAUAAAUUAUUUUUAUGGAAAUUUUCAAAAUAGAACAGUAUUUAUUUUUAUAAUAAUUAAAUACAACAGGUAAAAAUUUAAUUGUAUGUAUUGAAAAUACAUUGGGUUGUGUAACAAGGCA